AUGAUGCAGCAAGGAGUUCGGCUAGACCAGGAAACCUUCUCUUGUUCAAUCUGUCUGGAUCUACUGAAGCAUCCAGUGACUCUUCCCUGUGGACACAGCUACUGCAUGAGCUGUAUUAAUAACUUCUGGGAUGGAGAGGAUGAGAAGGAAAUGUACAGCUGUCCUCAGUGCAGACAGACCUUCACACCAAGGCCUGUCCUGAUGAAAAACACCAUGUUAGCAGAUUUAGUGGAGGAGCUGGAGAAGACUGGACUCCAAGCUGCUGCUGCUGCUGCUCCUGCUGAUCUCUGCUAUGCUGGACCUGAAGAUGUGGCCUGUGAUGUCUGUCCUGGGAGGAAGCUGAAAGCCAUCAAGUCCUGCUUGGUGUGUCUGGCUUCUUACUGUGAGAAUCACCUCCAGCCUCAUUAUGAUGUUUCUCCAUUAAAGAAACACAAGCUGGUCGAGCCCUCCAAGAAGCUCCAGGAGAACAUUUGCUCUCGUCAUGAUGAGGUCAUGAAGAUGUUCUGCCGUACUGAUCAGCAGAGUAUCUGUUAUCUCUGCCCUGUGGAUGAACAUAAAGGCCACGACACAGUCUCGGCUGCAGCAGAAAGGACUGAGAGGCAGAGAGAGCUCGAGGUGAGUCGACUAAACAUCCAGCAGAGAAUCCAGCACAGAGAGAAAGAUGUGAAGCUGCUUCAACAGGAGGUGGAGGCCGUCAGUCGUUCUGCUGAUAAAGCAGUGGAGGACAGUGAGAUGAUCUUCACUGAGCUGCUAUGUCUUAUCCAGAAAAGAAGCUCUGACGUGAAGCAGCAGAUCAGAUCCCAGCAGGAAACUGAAGUGAGUCGAGUCAAAGAGCUUCAGGAGAAGCUGCAGCGGGAGAUCACUGAGCUGAAGAGGAAAGACACUGAACUGAAACAGCUCUCACACACAGAGGAUCACAACCAGUUUCUACACAACUACCCCUCAGUGUCACAACUUAAUGAACCUACAGACUCAUCCAGCAUCAAAAUCCGUCCUCUGAGAUAUUUUGAGGAUGUGACAGCAGCUGUGUCAGAGCUCAGAGAUAAACUACAGGACAUCCUGAAGGAGAAAUGGACAAACAUCUCACUGAGAGUGACUGAAGUGGACAUUUUACUGCCACAACCAGAGCCCAAGACCAGAGCUGAGUUCUUGAAAUAUGCAUGUGAAAUCACUCUGGAUCCAAACACAGCACAUGCACGUCUGUUAUUAUGUGAGAGGAACAGAAAAGCAACAGUCAUGGGAGAAAAGCAGAGUGGUAAUACAUACUCAAGUGCAAGAGCUGAAAAGCAACAUUCACUGAAGAUGGCGCAGCAAGGUGUUCAACUGUACCAGGACUCAAUCACCUGUUCAAUCUGUCUGGAUGUACUGAAGGAUCCGGUGACUGUUUCCUGUGGACACAGCUACUGCAUGACCUGUAUUAAAGCACACUGGGAUGAAGAUGAUGAAAAGGAAAGCUAUAGCUGUCCUCAGUGCAGACAGACCUUCACACCGAGGCCUGUCUUGGUGAAAAACACCAUAUUAGCAGAUUUAGUGGAGCAGCUGAAGAAGACUGGACUCCAAGCUAUUCCUGUUGAUCUCUGCUAUGCUGGACCUGAAGAUGUGGCCUGUGAUUUCUGUUCUGGGAGGAAACUGAAAGCCGUGAAAUCCUGUCUGGUGUGUCUCGUCUCAUACUGUGAAAAACACCUCCAGCCUCAUUAUGAAUCACCUGCAUUCAAAAAACACAAGCUGGUUGAUCCCUCCAAGAGGCUCCAGGAGAACAUCUGCUCCCGUCAUGAUGAGGUAAUGAAGAUGUUCUGCCGUACGGAUCAGCAGAGUAUCUGUUAUCUUUGCUCUGUGGAUGAACAUAAAGGCCACAACACAGUCUCAGUUGCAGCAGAAAGGACUGAGAGGCAGAGAGAGCUCGAGGUGAGUCGACUAAACAUCCAGCAGAGAAUCCAGGACAGAGAGAAAGAUGUGAAGCUGCUUCAACAGGAGGUGGAGGCCGUCAGUCGCUCUGCUGAUAAAGCAGUGGAGGACAGUGAGAUGAUCUUCACUGAGCUGCUGUGUCUUAUCCAGAAAAGAAGUUCUGAUGUGAAGCAGCAGAUCAGAUCCCAGCAGGAAACUGAAGUGAGUCGAGUCGAAGAGCUUCAGGAGAAGCUGCAGCAGGAGAUCACUGAGUUGAACAGGAAAGAUGCUGAACUGCAGCAACUCUCACACACAGAGGAUCACACCCAGUUUCUGCAAAAUUACUUUGCAGUUACAUAUCUCAAUGAAUCCAUAUAUUUUGCUCCUAUCCACCCCAACAGUUUGAGGCAUUUUGAUGAAGUGCAAAAGACUGUGUCAGAGCUCAGAGAUAAACUACAGGAUAUUCUGAGUAAGGAGUGGACAAAGAUCUCACUGAAAGCUACUGAAGUGGACGUUUUACUGUCACGAGAGCCCAAGACCAGAGCUGAAUUCUUGGACUAUUCACGUCAAAUCACACUGGAUCCAAACACAGUAAACAACCGUCUAUCAUUAUCUGAAGAAAACAGAAAAGUAACAUUCAUAACAGAGGAACAGUGCUAUCCUCAUCACCCAGACAGAUACACUGAAUAUUGUCAGGUCCUCAGUAGAGAAAGUCUAACUGGACGUUGUUACUGGGAGGUAGAGAAGGGUGUGGGAGGAGUUUCAGUGGUAGUUGCAUACAAAGAAAAUAAAACUUUAAAUGAAAGAUUCGGAGCAAAUGACAAGUCAUGGGCAUUAGACUUUUACAAAGGUCGUUAUGAAUUCAGACACAACAAUAUCUCAACUACUGUCUCAGGUCCUCGUUCCUCCAGAGUCGGAGUGUACCUGGAUCAGAAAUCAGGUAUUCUGUCCUUCUACAGCGUCUCUGAAACAAUGACUCUCCUCCACAGAGUCCAGACCACAUUCACUCAGCCGCUCUAUGCUGGUUUUCAUCUUUAUGGUCCAGUUGGAAACACUGCUGAGCUGUGUGAGCUAAAAGUCCCCCUCUUCUCAAACAUGUAUUUUUCUUCUUCCUCCAUCAGUUUGAGGGAUAAGGCAAAGCUUCUCUUUGGAUAA